CUGUUGAACCGUUCGGCUACGCCAUAUGGAUGUCUUGGGUGCAAUUGCGGUAUAGUAUGUAAAUAAGUUGUGCUAUAGUAUACUGUAGAUAUUCUCAAACAUGGGAUGGAAAGACAAGGAACGAAAGAAGCUUGAGGGAAAACGUUUCCUUGUGAUUGGCGCUGGAGGAAUAGGAUGCGAGUUGUUGAAGAAUAUCGCAUUGACGGGUUUCACUGAUAUUCAUGUGAUCGACAUGGACACCAUUGAUGUUAGUAAUCUAAACAGGCAGUUUCUUUUCCGCCGGGAGCACGUUGGAAAAUCAAAAGCUGAAGUAGCUACCCAGGCAAUCAAAAGAAUGUGUCCUGAUAUCAAAAUUUCUUUUGAUCUGGAUAAUAUAUUUAGCUCGAAAUUCAACAUUCCAUUCUUCCAACAAUUUUUCUUAGUCAUGAAUGCCCUGGAUAAUAGAGCCGCUCGAAAUCACGUAAACAGGAUGUGUCUUGCAGCAAAAGUUCCUCUGAUAGAAAGUGGUUCAUCCGGAUAUCUUGGACAGGUGCGCUCUAUCAUCCGUGAUCGUACUGAAUGCUAUGAAUGUGUGCCGAAACCUGCACAAGAAAAAACAUUCCCUGGAUGUACCAUUCGCAAUACACCAAGCGAACAUAUACACUGCACAGUAUGGUCAAAACAUGCCUUCAACCAACUCUUCGGCGAGCUAGAUAUAGACGAUGACAUCUCUCCUGAUCUCACCGACACAGGAGAGCGCACGGAUGCUUCAGACACGCAAAUGGAAACUUCACACAGUGAAGCUUUAGACGCGCAAUUAGAUGGCAAUGCUGACGGCGCAGGAAACUCUGAGGAGAAUAAACAGGAAAAUUCGGCAGAAAAGCAAGAAAUUUUGGCAAAUGGCACAGCCCAUUCCGACGUUAAGAAUGGCGAUUCGAAGGAGCUUGAUGAGGAAGCAAAACCGCUUAGUACACGACUUUGGGCUGAAAAUGUUAAGUAUGAUCCGGAGAAGAUCUUUGACAAGUUGUUCAAUGACGAUAUUGUCUACCUCCUUCGCAUGGAGCAUCUAUGGCGUGAAAGGCGUGCUCCCGUACCCAUCAAGAAAGCUGAUGCAGUGUCUGAGAGUGUUUCGUCGUCAUCAAACGCUGCAACAUCCACUAAUGAUGUCAAUAAGGUUUGGUCAAUUGCUGAGUGUGCAGAUGUUUUUUGCGAAAGUGUUGCCGCCCUGAGUAAACGUAAGAGUGAACUCAAAGGAAAUUCCAUACUUUCUUGGGAUAAGGAUGAUGACGAUGCCAUGCGUUUUGUGGCAUCGUGUGCAAAUAUCCGAGCUACAAUUUUUGGCAUCCCACGUAAAUCCCUGUUCGAAAUCAAAUCCAUGGCUGGUAAUAUCAUUCCUGCUAUUGCCACAACCAACGCUAUCGUAGCUGGCAUGGUGGUCGUCGAAGCUUUGAAGAUAUUAUCUGGCGAGCUUGACAAGCUCAGAACAGUGUUCAUCAAACGCGCACCGAAUCCUAGAGGGAAGAUUUUGGUAGAUCAAGUACCAUUUGAACCUAAUCCGAAUUGCUUUGUGUGUUCUGCCAAGCGUGAGUGUCACAUCAAAAUGAACCCAGAGCAAAUGACCGUGAAAACUUUGCAAGACAAGGUGUUGAAAGGAGCAUUGAAUAUGGCCGCACCUGAUGUCAUGGAGGCAACGACCUCUCGCAUCGUUAUAAGUAGUGAGGAGGGAGAGACUGCGGAUCUCGAAGAUAAAACAUUAUCCGAACUGUCUAUUGCGAAUGGAGCCAUGUUGAUGUGUGAUGAUUUCCAGCAGAAGUUAGAGCUGAAGCUGAUCCUGCAUGAGAGUAAAUCUAUGAAGGGUGACGAGUUUGAAAUCUUCCAAGACAGCGGAGAAGUCAAGGAGAAUGAUGAGGAAUCGCGAAAGAGAAAGAGCAUGGCAUCUCCGGAAGUGAACGAAGAAGAAGUACCAGCUAAGCGCGUCAAACUCUAAGCCCUCUCCAUCCUCUUGUCCUUCUAUCGAAGGAGCACAGAAUGCUGCAUCGAAGUACCACCAUCGCAUCAAUUGGAAACAACUGG